UAAAACACACACGCACACCGUUUUACAGAGAGAGACGCAAAUGCCCAAUUGGGGGUUUUCCUAAGCUCCUCAAUCUCUCAAUCCCUCUCUCUCUCUCUCUCUCUCUCUCUCUCUCUCUCUCUCUCUUGUGGUCUGUACAAGUCCAUAUGGCCAUGGAAGGCGUUGACUUGGAGUCAAUAGGCCACGGAAGAACCAGUUCGCGCUGCUGCUUCUGUAUCCCGGCGUCGUCGGCCUGGUGGGAGCGGAUGCGAGCGAACCAAAACAACGACCGCUGGUGGUCCCGAGGCCUCCAAGCCUUCUACAAGCUUCGAGAGUGGUCCGAAAUCGUCGCAGGCCCAAAGUGGAAGACUUUCAUUCGCCGAUUCAACCGGAACAGAAGCGGAAGCGGCGGCAGCUCCGGUGCUGGGCGGCACCACGGGAAAUUCCAAUACGACCCCUUGAGUUAUGCUCUGAACUUCGACGAAGGCAAGGAGGACGAAGACGACGAAGUCGGCGGAUUUCGCGAUUUCUCGACCCGGUUUGCCUCGCAUCCUCCGGUCAGGUCCGGGUUACCAGAAUCGAGUAAAGACGUGGCGGUGUACGGGUGAGUGAGAAUACGCCGGGGUGGCUAUCUUGCGCCCGGAGGUGUUGUAAGCAUUUGAUUGUUGGAAUGGCCACUCAAUGAGCUGGCUGGUGGAAGGUUGACCGUAUGACAUGGCGCCGUCAGUUUACCCUUAUUUAUUUAUUUAUUUUUGUUUGGUUUUCGAUAAUGUCGUUGUAGUAAUUUAGAUAUUUUUUUAUAUUGUUUUAAUUUUGUUUUUGAUGGCGGUGGGUGUACAAAUUGUCAAAUACUAUGAAGAUAAUGGACCAAUGAUAUGAUGAUUGAAUGAGGAUGAAGAUAAGCAUGCGUGUAAGGUUUCUUUAGCAUGGCCUAGUGA